UAAUUAAUUAAUUAAUUAAUAAUAACCACAUGCAUGCCUUUAAUUGCGUUCACAAGUUGACUUUCUCAUAUCCCAAUUCCACAAGUCAAAAGAGCUCACAAAUCCUCAACUCUCUCUCCCCUCUUUCUCUUCACAAUUUGGCCAUUGCAACUUAUCACAAAGAACACAAAUUAAGUAUCAUUCGAUCGAGAAAAAAUAUGCAUCGUUUGUCGUCGAGUUAUUCUGCUGCUAAAGCAUCCAACGAUGAGUUCUCGGUGAACUUUCUCCCCGAUGCUUCGAAGGAUUUAGUUUCCGAUGAUUUCUCGGAUAAUUAUAACAAUAAUAAUAGUAGCAAUAAUUAUAAUCCCAUUUCUGAUGAUAUUGCAAAGAAGGACAUUUCUCCAAAACUUUAUUCAGGAGAGAGAGCUGUUCAUCUAAUCCCACUCAUCUUGAUUAUGUGUGGUUUGGUUCUUUGGAUAUUCUCCAAUCCAGUUGACCUGCAUUGACUUUUAGCCUUAUGUUUCAUUCUUGAAUUUUCAUCUUAAAAAAUGUGUCUUUUUUUUUUAAUAAAUAAUAAAUCUUGUUCUUUUGUUUGUUUAAAGUGAUAUGUGAAGUUGGAAUACUCAAUGCAAUUGUUUGUUGGUUA